AAUGACCUAUAGCAGUCUGCCUAGAUCAGGGGACGUCCUGUUCUCGAAUCCCUAGACUCUCAAGGUCUCCUCCUCCCACGAUCCCCAUCACCCGCCGCCAACCAUGUCUCUUGAUCCUACCCGGCCGAGGUCCAUCUCCCCCGAGAGCUCUGGCCGCGAAUCUCCGGUACCCAAACAAUGGAGGAACCAGCUUGGGAAUGACGAAGUUACGCCGAAGGAUAAGAACUACCGCAAGUACGCUUCCGGCGUCGAACGAGCUCUCUCCCUGUUCGAUACAGCCCUCCAAGAAUGGGCCGACUACAUCUCCUUCCUCAACCGCCUUCUCAAGGCACUCCAAGCUCGACCGUCCACGAUCAACACCAUCCCCGCCAAGGCUACCGUCGCAAAGCGUCUGUCACAAUGCUUGAACCCGUCUCUUCCGUCCGGGGUUCACCAAAAGACGCUCGAGGUCUACAAUUUCAUAUUCAAAGUCAUUGGCAAGGAUGGUCUGUCGCGAGACCUGCCACUCUAUCUCCCCGGCCUUGCGUCGGUUCUGUCGUUCGCCUCCCUUUCCGUCCGGACCCCUUUCCUCGACCUACUUGAACGCCACUUCUUGGGUGUAAACCCGCGAUCCCUACGGCCUGCCUUGAAAUCGAUCAUACUUGCUCUUUUGCCAGGCCUAGAGGAGGAAACCAGCGAGGACUUUGAGCGCACAUUGAAGCUUAUGGAACGCGUCAAGGCCGCUCUCCGCCCACCAGAAAGCGAGACAAUAACGCCAACUCACUCCUCUGGCGACGACUUCUUCUGGCAGUGUUUCUUUCUGGCUUCCAUAACUGGGCAUAGCAGGAGGACGGGGGCCUUGGCAUACCUUAUGCGCGCCUUGCCUGAACUGGGACAUCAGUUACAUUCAGAUGGCUACAAGGCUGAGACUCGCAAUGGCUUGGAUCCCGAGGUUUCUGCCAAGUUGGUACAGCUGGUAACGUCUCCCGAGCCAGGAUUGCUGAUCCGCUGCUUUGCUGCUGGUUUGGCCGAUGACCAGAUCCUUAUUCAACGUGGCUUUCUUGAUUUGCUCGUUACCCAUCUUCCGUUGCACUCCAAGGUGUUGCAAGCCAGGGCCAAGACCGACGACCUAGAACUCCUCCUGAAGACCGCAGUUGGGGUAACGACCCGGAGAGAUAUGAGUCUAAACAGGCGGCUGUGGACCUGGCUCCUUGGCCCCGAGCCGACAGCUGCACACGAGGGCGAAGGCGGCCCUGAUUCUCCCACAACUACUGCAAGCACCCCUGCCUACUUUAUGUCGAGGACCAGCUACUUUGAAGAAUUUGGGUUGCGACCCCUGACUCGGGCCCUACUCGGCAUGAUUAACGCUAGUAGAGUUGGGAACAAUCCGGCAGACCGGGCGAAGCCAUAUCGUAUCUGUCUUUCCUUGAUGGACAGGUGGGAAAUUGGCGGCUUGGUUGUGCCUGAGGUAUUUCUUCCCAUUGUUGACAGUGUCCGAGACUUCAAAGCAAAAGCAGACAGCAAAUCAGACUUCACCGAGGUGCUCCGAAGUGCAAGUGUUUUCUUUGACGGAGUCGAGAGCGGGUUGAUAUACAGCGAAAUUCUCAACCUCAUGGCGCAGGCUAUCAGUCCGGGCAAACUCUCAGUGACUGAUCGUAGCGAUAAGCUUGACCUUGUCAAGUUCAUUCUCGGCCAUUUCAACGUCAGCGAAGAAGAGAUGAUAACCAUUCAUGCUCCGCUUACGGUGCUCUCCAUCUUAUGCAUGAUCGAGGAGUUGAAGGGGAGUGAUGCUUAUGCGACCACUCUGCUACCAGACGGUACGACUUUGUUGGUCCAGGCUUUAACAACAGCUGCAAGGUUGUUGGAGCUCGUACCAGAACGAGCGUUCCCGACGAGCGCAAAAGCUAAAGCUAUCGAGUCCAAGGUUUUGGCCGGAAUCCCGAAUGUUGAACUGCUGAAGAAAAUCAAGAACUUCUACCACGCCGAACAAGGAAACUUGGACGCCACCUCUCCCCCAUUUGUACCGCAGAAUGUGGCGGAACUCUUGUUGCAAAAAGCUUGCGACAUGAACUGUGAGAGUUUCAGUCAACGCGAGUCCGGCCCGACUGUCGCUGCAAAGAGCAAAGUUCUCUUGCUUCUUCUCACCAAGACACCUCACAGAUCGUUCCUCGAUACGAAGAAACUUCUUGCUUCCAUUCACGGGUGUCUGUCAUCAGAUGCUUUUAUUACCUUUACCACCUAUUAUUCGCUAUUAACCCUUUCUACCCACCUUUAUUCUGCCGACCGGAUUUCCCAUGUGGACCUCUCUGAGUUGGUUAGUCCUUUGGUACGCCACGCAUGGAGCUUUUUAUCAUCGUCAGAGCCGAAGUACCACGUUGAGACGGUCCGAAGUCUUUGGUUACUCCAGACGGCUCUGACACCAACCAAUCGAGACAUCGAGGCAGCCAUAUGUUCUCUAAUGCUGGAGAAAGAUGUUUCAGGCACAUUUAUCCAGCGUCCUGCCGACCCUGGAAGAAGCUUCAGUGUGCUCUGGUCGCAUAGUCUUCAAGAUAACCCCUCUGGGAGCGAUCGCCGAGGACCCAAGACCCCCAUCUUCGACGCAAAGGCGCCGCCACGUCUUGGUGGUAUAGAUAAUUACGAAGUCAUGCUUACCCGCCCGUUAUUCCUAAUGUUAGAUGCGCUCACCGAUGAGCGGACGCAGCUGUUCAUGACAGUCAAGAGUUGGCUGAGCAGCCUAGUCGGGAUAGACAAAAUUUUCAACAUCUUCGUGUCCAAGUUCGCCGAGCUAUCAUGUCUGAGGCGCCAAACAACCUCGGUUGAAGCCAAAGAGGUUCACAAAUUCUCCGAAGAGGAUGAUGUGGAGCUGGCUGUGUAUUAUCUCCGCUCCUUAUCCAAUGUCUUUCGCUUUACCCCUGAUAGCAUUUGGGCGUUCCUUGCGAAAAAGACUAUCCGCCCAGAUUCUUACUUCCCAUCAUUAUCCGAGAUUACCGGAUCCGAGGAUGAUCUGACCUUCCAGGAGUUUUUCCUCAAGGUUGCCAUGCAAUGCAUGGCAGACGUCAACACUUUGAACGACGAAAGCUCCCAAAUAAGGGUGACACAGCUUUAUCGUUCAGCAUUGGGCGUAAUGCACCCUAUCCUGGUGAACCCCUAUGCUGAACCACUAGCACAGUUGCACCUUGAGAACCCUCUCAUCGAUAUGCUCACCCAGUCGCUUUCAGGUCCGGAGCCUUACGUCCAGACCUUGCUUUUGGACGUUGUCUUUGCGGCCCUCAAGCUACGUGAAUUAGCACCAGUUGAACUUCCAGAAUCACCAACCGCAGAGAAACGUGCCGCAAGUGUUACGGCAGACUCGGCUAAAGCCUUCCGCGCUGUGGCUGGAGGGAAACCACCAUCCGUUCUUCAGCCGCCUCCACCCACGCUGCUAAAGUGCAUCCUUUCCGGACUCAGUGCACCUAGCAGCCGACACGUUUUGGAUAGCUGGAUUAGCUUUCUCGCUGAGUGCCUACCGCUUUACUCAGAUUCGAUCUUUCAAGUCCUGAUUCCCUUGGUCGAGACACUCUGCAGUCAGAUUUCCACCACCUUCAGCCGUUUACAGCAGCUCUUCCGAGCCUCCGACGAGCCUCCAACGCACAGUCAGAUUGGUCCCGAGACUACCUUAAUAUCCCUACUGAAUGGCCUCGAGCAGGUACUGGCAAGGGGACACGACAGGCUACUGGCUGAAGAGGCCAGAGCCCAGGUUGUCAAGAACCCAGACCAGCCUCAAGGCUUUUUCGGCAACAUGGUCUCCGGUGUCUUCUCAUCCGACACACCGCAGACCCGGAGCGCCACAGCUAACGACCGACUUACCGUCCUUUUGGCCUUCCAAGAUGCGGUGCGCAUCUGCUUCAAGAUCUGGUCCUGGGGUCAAGGGAGCGAUGCCUCCCUGCAAGACAGCUCUUCGGGUGCUUCGUUCAACUACACCUCUUUACGAAUGAGAAACCGAGCGCGGAGGCUCCUCGAGCAUCUUUUUGCUGCUGAGACGCUAGAGUGCUUGGAAACGGUCAUUGGCAUAUGGAGGGGUGCACUGGAUAGUUCUGAUACGUCCAAGGCUGCCGAGGUGUUCAAUCUCUUGCCUGCCCUUGAUGGAUCGCGGCCGCAGCAUACAAUCCCGGCACUUUUCAACGCUAUAUAUAGCAGGACUAACCCGGGCGCGCUGGAUCCCUCGAGGAGGUCGACCCUUACUAUCGAGCUGCAGGAUACAGACGUGGUGAUUUUCCUGGUUGAUUACGCACGCACUCUGGAGGAUGAUGCGAUGGAUGAAAUAUGGCAGGACUGCAUGAUCUUCCUGAAGGACCUCCUAGGCAACCCACUGCCCCAUCGCCAGGCGUUGCCAAGUUUGCUGGAGUUUGCUGCGAUUCUGGGUGAGAAGGUGGACAACACCAACUUUGGAGAACAGAGGAAGAUGCGUCGUGAACUGGCGGAUCUCUUCCUCCGUCUCCUGGCGGCUAUCUUCACUACACGGCCAACCAGCUUCGUGGAAAACUCUUCGACAAGCUACUCCUCAUCCACUACCAACCUUCUCCUCUCGGAAAAGAAGCCAAAUGAGGCCCCUCGGACGCUUUCCGUAGCAGCCAUCCGGACUCCAUUCGAACGCGCAGACGAUGUCGUUGGGAUCCUCUCCAAUAUCGUUCCCAACCUGCCCAAGAUCCUCGUUGAGAAUGACCGCAUCCUCACGGCUGCCACCUCCAUCUCGGCCAACGUGAUCGGCCCAACGCUGCGGUCCAAGUUCUUCCCCGACACCGUGUCAAAGAACACCCUGGUGUUGCUCCACCAACUAUCCCGCCUACCCAACAACCAAAAGUCCUGGAAGAAGGACGUUGCCGAUGCCUUCAACGAUUCGCGCUUCUUCAGCUCCAACCUUAGCCUCGUGCAAACCGACUGGCUGCCCCUCCUCAAGCAAUGGACCGUCGCAGACAAGGAACGCAUGCCCGAAAUUCUCGGCCGCAUCACCCCGCCCUCGACUGCGGGCAUUGUCUUCGGCGUCGGCGCCACCUCCGCCCGCCUCGAAGCCGACCGCAAGACGCAACUCAACCUCCGGCGCAUCGCCACCCUCAUCCUCGCCGCCACCGACGACACCUUCGUAACCGAGCUGCCGUCCAUUCUCGACAAGCUCGUCGAGCUCCUCGGCGCCACCGCCACCUCCUCCCCUUCCUCCACCACCCGCGCCGAAGUGUACAUGGUCAUGCGCGCCCUCGUCCUCCGCACCAGUGCCAUCCACCUCGCUCCGCUCUGGCCCGUCGUCAACGCCGAGCUGCACGCCGCCAUCUCCUCGGUCGUCGCGCCCGACCACUCCGCGCCCAGCGACAUAUACGGCAACCCGGCCGUCAUGCAAGCCUGCAAGCUUUUGGAUCUGCUCGUCUGCGUCGCGCCCGAUGACUUCCAGUUGCAUGAGUGGUUGUUCGUCACCGACACUAUCGACGCCGUCUACCGGCCCAGCGCAGCCGGUUAUCAGCCCGUGGCGCUAGUGGAUGAAGUCUCUGAGGAACUCAACGGUUCUCUUGUCACUCCCCACGCCCACCACUCCCACUCCCGCUCCCUAUCCGAAGCAGGAGCCGCAGCUCUAGGCCUAGAUCCGUCCUCGCUCCUUUCCCCCACCGAUGGAAUCGACGGUCAAGGUCAACCCCUCCGCCGUCCCCUGCUGGGAAACCUCCCAGGUCAAAUCUCCGACGAAGUAGGCAUGGAGCGCAAAGACGAACUAGUGGCCAAGGUGCUCCGGCCGUUUUUCGGACAACUGAGUAUCUUUGCGUUUGAGACAACGUACAAGAUGACGGAAGUGGACUGGGAGGGGUGUGUAAAUGGAUUGUUGAGGGAUCUGUUUGAUGAAAGGAGUGUGGUGAAGGCUCUUUAGGACCGGGCCGGCUCUGCGUAUGGUGGUGGAGGAGCGGCGGGGUUGAGGGAUGUGAGAGAGUUGAGAGGGAGGGAGAGGGAGGGGAGGAGUAGGUCGAGUUCGAGGUCGGGGACGGUGAGGUCUAGGGCGGAAAGUAGGUGGUAAUUGGGAUGGAGGAUGCUUUGAGCAUUUCAAACAAAAAAGAAGUAGGUUUGAGUAAAGUCUGAUACUGUUUGGUUUACGUACUAGAGGUAGCGUAUUUUGUUCCUUGAUGGUUGUUUUAUGCUUUGUACAAUA